AUGACUGAAGAAAAGACAGAACAGUCAUCACUCAAAGAAAAUAUCAAUUUCGAAAAAGGGAUUUCAUCAGAUGAAGUUGAUGAAAAAAGUAUCUCUGAAUCCCAUAAGAAUUUUCUAUUGAAAAUUCAUGGUACCUAUCACUUGGAUCCUCUACCAACAGAGGACCCCAACGAGCCUCUAAACUGGUCUAAGGGAAAGAAAAGAUUCAAUUUCUUUAUGAUGGCCUUUCAGAUGUUUGUGCAAACAUUUAUGUCUGCUGGACUUUCUCCUGCAUACUCAGUAAUGGCCGCAAAAUAUGGUACCUCUAUGACAAUGACCUCAUACUUGACUACGGCGCAGUUAGCUUUACUUGGUGUUUGUCCAUUGUUUUUCACACCUUUGAUGGAGAAGUAUGGAAGAAAGCCAUUCUUUAUCAUCGGUAGUUUUGGUGCCUUGGUUACCAACAUUGCAGGAGGAUUUUGUAACACCUAUGGAGCUCAGAUGGCUACCAGAGUUUUAAACGGAUUAUGCUUGUCACCAAUAUCUACAGUUGGUCCAGCAUUUGUUGCUGCAAUGUACUUUGGAAAGGAUAGAGGUGCAAUGAAUGGUGUCUGGUCUAUGAUUCUUAUUAUGGGAAGUCCUAUGGGUCCAUUCUUAAUGGGUUUUGUUGUUCAACAUAUUGGAUUCAAAUGGAUAUACUGGAUUUACGCAGUUGUGAACUUCAUUCAAACAAUUGGAUGGAUAUUUACAGAGGAUACACUUUACUUCCCUGGAAAGGUUAACCAUAACGCGAAGGGCAUUUUUGGAAAGCUAGGAUUUUGCAAGAAUCCUGAAAAGGAGGUGUCCCUUCGUGUUUUCUUGGCUCCAUUCACUAUGGCUAAGUAUAUGAGAAAUGUUCUUAUGACAUUCACAACUUGUAUUGUUUUUGUUUAUGCAAACAUUGUCUUCAUUGUGGAGACGCCAUCUAUCUUCCAGCCAUUAUUCCAUCUAGACUCACAAUCAAUGUCCUUACAAUACAUUCCUAUCAUGAUUGGAUGCUUUAUUGGUGAGAUGAUAGCUGGUAAGGGAUCUGAUGUUUUUAUGAUGAAAUGUCAAGCAAGGCGUGGGGGAGUUAGGGUUCCAGCGGAUAGAUUUAUUUUAACUUAUCUGGGUUAUGUGUGUGCUAUACUCGGUGUUUUGAUCUGGGGUAUCUACUUGAAGAACUCCAAGGAAGGUCAUUGGACUAUUCGCCCACUUAUCGGCUCUGGUAUCUCCGCCGCGGGUGCAGAUAUAGUUCUUACCGUCACCAUUACGUAUGCUAAUGACUGCCAGCCCCAAGAUUCAGUCUUAAUUGGAUUGUUCUACAUGUUCUUUAGACUUAUCUUCAGUUUUGCAAGUUCAAUAUACUUGCCACAUAUGUUUGACUCUAUAAAUAUGGCGGGAUCCUCCAUAUUCAUGGCAGCAGUCAUGGCCCUUUGCUUUGUCAUAACUGUCGUUCUUCAAAUCUGUGACUGGAAGAAAGCACGAAAGGCAUAA